AUGCAACGAGAGGCUUUCCGCAGUAGACAUAUUUCUCACAGAGGAGGAGCAGGUGAGAACCUAGAAAACACUAUGGCAGCUUUCAAGCAUGCUGUGGCUUUGGGAACAGAUAUGCUGGAGCUCGACUGUCACCUUACUAAAGAUGGACAAGUGGUGGUUUCACACGAUGCCAACUUGAAGAGGGCGACCGGCUUCGAUGCUCCAAUCGCUGACUUCACAUAUGCUGAAUUGCCUCCAUAUCUUUGCAAGCUGGGUGUAACUUUUCAAAGAGAGUGUUUCUGUGAAGGAGGGGAGGACAAGCGUAUCCCUCUUCUCAGGGACGUCUUUGAUGCCUUCCCUGACACUCCGGUCAACAUUGACAUCAAGGUCAACAACGACACACUCAUCAAAAAGGUGUCUGAGCUAGUUGUCCAGUACGACAGAGAGCAUCUUACUGUUUGGGGAAACGCUAGUAACAAGAUUGUGAAGAAGUGUUUUAAAGAGAACCCACGGAUUCCAGUAUUGUUCAGUUUUCCGCGAGUGUUGCAACUGUUGGGUCUGUACUACACAGGCCUCUUGCCAUUUGUCCCACUGAAAGAGCAGUUCCUGGAAAUCCCAAUGCCCUCCAUCAUCACCAAAUUAAGAGAUCCACACGGAUUAACACAAAGUCAGAGAUUCAUCACCUGGUUGGCAGAUAGUUUGUUGAUGAGGAAAACCUUGUUUGAGCAUCUUACUGCCAGAGGAAUACAGGUUUACGUAUGGGUGCUGAACGAUGAAGAUGACUUCAAGAGAGCAUUUGAUUUGGGAGCCACUGGAGUUAUGACCGAUUUUCCCACCAGGCUUAAAAACUUCAUAGAGAACAAUGACCUGUCAAGGUCCAAGUGACCUACUCAAAUCUAUCUCAUUCAUCCUGCCUCUGCCCACACACACAAAUGUACUGUAUUCAUUCCACCAUGACAACCACUGUCAUCAUAGACAGUCUAGUUUGCAAAUCCACAUAAAAUCUACUGCAGCAUUUGAUAUUGGAAUCCUGGAGUGAUAUUAUUUGUUUACUUUCUAAUCACUGCAAAGCAAUAAAAAAAAAAAAAACAUUUGAUCUUUUUAGAUGCACGUACAGUGUAAUGUUCGAUACAAUCAAGCCAAGUUCUUUACUACAUGGUUUGAAACUUCAAAGUUGUCAUUGUUUUAGUGAUGCCUUUUACUUAAUGGCACUUCUCAGUAUUAUUGCAUUACAUUGUAAAAAUACCAGCAGGUGUAACUAGAUCUAAAUGUUAAUGUUAAUUGUCUAAUUGCCAUUUUUAAAAUCAAUUUAUGUGAUAGUGUUUGGAUAUAUUAGAAAAACAGAUUUCCAGAUAAGUCUGAUUGAUUACAAGUGUGACUAUAUUACACACUGGUAAUCAUACCAAAGGGGCAACAAUGAAUGUAGUUUUGUUUUAUAUCCCACAUGUUUAAAAUAUUAUUUGUCAAUAACUGUUCACUUUAUUUCAUUUUGUAUAUCAAAGCACUACCUGCUUAGUAUUUGGUUUGAAAGUGCAAUAAAAUGUUUUGUUUAAAUAUACAGUUAUUUACAACCUGGGUUUGGGUUAAAUGAAAACACUGCAUUCUCAGAUGGUAAUGUAAGGUUUAAAAUAUUCAUAUAUAUGCAUUUUAAAAACAAUUUAAAGUUCUUUAAACGUUCUGUAGAUGGUUUAAGGGUACCAGCCGAUUCCUCGUGGUGUCCAGCAGGUGGUAGUGCAGGCUAGAAUUCCAGUUUCACAGUCACAGAAACGCAAAUGUUUUUUUCUCCAGUCGAACAAAAAACAUUUUAAAACAAUGCAAACUCUAUUCAAACUCACAAAAUGACUAUCGGAAUAUAACAGUUUUUUGUCUAAAAUGCCUAUUUAAAAUGUAUAAAUACCGCGUUAUUAUUGGAUACUUGCCUCUACAUUUCGACCAAUAACUAUGCUGUUGCUACGGCCUUUCUGUUUAUUUAAUGGCGGAGACAGCUGCCAUAUUGUACUAAAAACACGCAAAGUUGUUCGUUGAGCGACGUUGGCCGUAAUAACUUUUUCAAAAUCUUACUUGAAA